AUGGGGAAAAGAAAGAGGAAGGAGAUAAAGGCACCUGGACAAAGGUCAGGAGGAGGGGGGGGCGGGCGAGAAAAGGAAAAUACUGCAAAAACAGAGUCGGUGUCCAACAAUAAAUCGGAGAGAAAUGCCGAUAGCCCGAACAAGAAAGUGGAGAAAAAAGCGGGGAAAGAGCCUAAGGCCAUACGUAAAGAGGGGAAGGGGAGCGGUAAACCCGCAGCUGCUAAACCGCCGAGACGCAAAGUGCCCAAAACUGCGGCGGUGACGAUUACGGGACGCGACGCCGGCUUCUCGUAUAGCGAUGCGUUGAGAACGGCCAGGGAGAAAAUCUCCCUGGCUGAGCUCGGAAUAGAGCAGACUAGGAUCCGCAGGGCCGUCAACGGUGGCGUGCUGAUUGAGAUCGGCGGUACCGAGGGGCCGGCCAAAGCGGAAAGUUUGGCCAGCAGGCUUAGCGAGGUGCUCGGUCCGGGCGCGACGGUCGUCAGACCCACGAUCAAAGACGACCUGAGAAUAGUGGGUCUGGACGAUUCUGUGACCACGGAUGAAGUCCGCUGCGUCCUGGCGGACGCGGGGGAAUGCACCCCGGAACAAAUCAGGACGGGCCCGAUAAGGACGCUGUCCAAUGGGCUCGGCACUGUAUGGGUCCAGUGCCUGUUGGCUGCGGCGAUACGACUGACCACAGCCGGAAAAAUUAAAAUAGGAUGGACCGUGGCCAAAGUUGAGGCGCUUAAAGCUAGACCGCUGCAGUGCUACAGGUGUUGGGAGUUCGGGCACGUCAAGCACGGUUGCAAAUCUGCUGAGGAUCGCACCAAACUGUGCUACAGGUGUGGACAGGAAGGUCACGGUGCCCGAAGCUGUACGGCCAGUCCGAGAUGCGUCGUGUGCGUGAAGCACGGAAGAGACGGCAACCACAGACUCGGCACGAGUCAAUGCCAAGCCGUGAAGGAUAGGUUAAAUAGGGGCCCGGAUCGGAGGACCGGGACAGCGCAGGAGGGUAACUACGACAAUGGCCCUAAAGAUCCUGCAAUGUAA